AUGACUUGGUAUAAAAGUUUACCCGACGAAUCCAUCACUUCCAGGAAGGUGCUCGAAAAACUUUUCUCCAGACACUUCACAGCCUCUCGGAGACACCCCAAAUCUGAAGCCUCGUUGGAAUCCAUCAUCCAAGGAAAAGACGAGUCUCUACGGGCUUAUAUUGAAAGACUCAACAAAGAAGCCGUGCAAGUGUCCACGACAGCCCAUAUGAAGAAAUUCCUACUCGAGAGAGGUCUCCGACCACGUUCAGACUUCGCCAAGGCCGUCGGGAUCGAAACACCCGCUACUCUGGACGAAUUCUUCCUCAAAGCCCAGGCGUACAUACAGUAUGAGGAGAAAGAAGCCGCCCACGCUGUCCGUAACUCCAGGCAAGAAGAGAGCAGUAAAAAUGCCCGCCAAGAUGAUUCCCGGCGGGGAGCAGUCAAAAAGAAGGACGACAAAGGCCGGGACCCCAAGGAUUACAAAACCCCAGCUGGCAAAUUCCGAGAAUACACCCCGCCGAUUGCUUCAAGGGAACACAUCUUAAAUGAAUGCGCGAACGCCGAAUUUUAG